ACGUGUGUAUGUGUGGUGUCACUCGAGGUCUCCUGAGGCGGGGUCACCGGGCGUGUCCUAGUAGAUAGUUGGUUAUGAGGCCUUGGGCUCCAGGGGACGACCUGCAGAUGCCCUGGCCCACUCCAUGCCCUCUCUGCGCUGCCGUCUCCGCUCACGGUCACCCUGUCGCCUGGCCUGCCCGCCUUCCCGGCAUCAGGGCCCGAGGCGAAGGGAGUCUUGAACGGCCGUCCUCAUGUUCCAGCAUGUGUUUCUGUCUCGAAGCAAAUCCAGUCUGCAAACCUUGGGUUUAUUCAAGCUGAAGUGAGGCAUUUAUCUCUAAGAUCUGGCUGUUCCCCGUUGACUUACUGUAGGAUUGUUUGACAGAACAAAUACUCCCGUACAUUUAAAACUAAUCAGUUUGUGGAAAACCAGCUGAAUUCAACAAGUGUUGAGUUAAAGCGUCUGCCAUGCUCAAAAUAUCAGAGGAGAGCAAGACAGGCCCUUACCGCCCACGAGCCUUGUCUAGCCGGGACGAUGGCACUUAUCCCCGUUACCUGGGUAGGUGACCAGGCGAUGACUGUGGGAGAGCAGUGCUGGCCGCCAGCGAGGCUCCCAGCAGCGGCCCCUGCGCCCUGACGGGAUGGGCCCGGGCAGGCCGGCCUCAGCCUGUGCCCACCUGGUGCCCAGCAUCCAGGUGGACGGGAGCACUGAGCCCCACAUGCGGCAGACCCAGAACCAGCUGCAGUUUAAUCGGAGUGUUCCCACGCAUCCCAGCAACUUGGCAGUCCGCUAUUCUUGCCCACAUGCGAUCAGAAUUGAAAAACUGAGGCACUCGUACACCGAGUCGCACCAUCAUCAGGAUCUGGGUUUUAGGGACGGUCCUGAUGUCAGCGGCUCUGCUUCCUUCUCCAUCAUCUCAGAGGAGAGGCUCAGCUUUGCCGUCCACCUGGCCAAGAGAGAUGUGAAGCGCAGGCACUUUGAGGAGCAUGUGAAGCAGCACCAUCUCAGCAGGGAGCCGCAGGUCUCCCAGGCAUGGGGACCCCACAAGCACAGCAUGCCUGAGCAUAGGACGCAGAGGAAGGAGUUGAGUAGCCGGGAGACGUGUCUGUGCGGCUGCCAGCCAUCCCCGGUGGGAGCUUCAUGCUCAGGCGCUAAGGUGUACCUGCACACGCCUCGUCCCACACUGUCCUGGCCAGCCGAGCUGCACUCGCCCCCCACCUGUGACCCAGGGCUGGAGCCACACGCCAGGACAGGCAGCCACCAUGGCCUGCUGGAGGUCCAGCGACUCCAGAAGGAACUGAACACCUGUAUCCAGAAAAUGGAAAAAGUAGCUCAGAGAGAUAGAACGGAAGAAGCUUUGGAUCCAGAUGAGGAGCGGCGCGUCCGCAUCAGGAGGCAGGAGCAAGCUGUGCGCUCUGCCCGGAUGCUGUAUGUGCUGCAGCAGCAGGUGAAGGAGAUCCAGGAGGAGUUGGAUAAGUUGAGCCCACAGAAGAUCAGACACACCAAGAAGUCGUGGGCGAUGUCACGGCUGGCCGCUGCCCACCGAGGAGCUAUCCGGGCCUUACAGGUGCUGGUCACCCAGCUUACCGACCGUGGGGAGCACCCCGUCCCUGCGCGGUGCAGGGAGCUGGGAAGCCUCAUCCGCCAGCUCUCACUCUGCUCCGCCAGGCUGGACACAGACCCCUCUGUGCCCGACGUGGUUGUGGACAUCUUGCGGCAAAUUGAGGCUCUGGAAUCCCUCCUGGAAAAGAAGGUGUCGCCAAAGAAGGUAAAGACAUGUUCAGCGGACCUGCGGCGCAAGUUUCCUGUGGGCAGCCAUGGGGCCUCGGAGAGACGGCACAGCCCUUCGCCGCAGAGCCAGAGGAGGCCCCUUGUGGCGAAGGAGACACUUCCACAGGAAGCCACGGGGUCUUUGGGCACCAGGAAGCUCUCCACUGAGAAGUGUCUCCCUGGGGCAGUGCCCGCAGUGACCCAGAGCUCGGAGGAUGCGAUGGAUGCGGAGAUCCUUCUGGAAGAAGCGCUGCCUGCUCCAGACCCCAGUGCCAGCCUCUUGGCAGAGCCACUGGUCCUGGCGAGGGCCAGAGCAGCGGUAGUGAGGCCCGUGGCCGGGAGCACAGCGCUCAGAAAGAAGGAGGCCCAGGUGUCGGUGAGGCUGCCACAGGGCCCCCACAGAGCCGAGAGAAGUAGACCCCCUGCAUCCCAGAGCAGAAGCCGCUUGCAACGCACGACGGUGUCAUCCAGACUGAAAGUGAGCCAGCAGCCCAUGAGGGAGCACAGAGCCCCGUGGGUGCCUCCGAAUCCCACAUCCCCACCGGCGUCUCCUAAGUGUGCUGCCUGGCUGAAGGUGAAGCCGAGCCCCAGAGGUGCCACACGGGAACCGUCGGUCCCGCAAGCCAAGGCUCAGGUGCAGAGUCCGUCGAGGGGCGCUGUUGUGCAGGAAGCUGCAAGACUCGCUUGGCUUGAUGCUGAAGCUUGUAAGACAUUGAAGGAGCUGGAGGAGCUAAAGGCGGAGGGCUCAGACCAGACGCAGCAGCAGAGUGUCUCUGCCGCCCAGUUAGCAGAAAAGGUGGAGGUGGCAGUUCUGGAGCAUCUGCAGCCUCUCCUGCUCAAGGCCCAGAGAGUCAACUCCUCCCUGGAGGCAGAUGCUAACCCGAGGGACCAGCCACCCACAGACACGGCAACGGCACAGCCUGUGCAGGAGGCUGCUGUCCUGGACCCACUGAGGGACCAUUUGGAAGCCUCAGCUCUCGUUGGGGGCGGCAGGGACAGCCCGUACCUGGAGACACUGAUGCUGCGGAUGGAGGAAAUAGAGAACUACCAGGAGACUGUUCGCCAAAGAUACAAUAAAAUCGUAUAUGCUGACCCUCAUCAUUGGAUGCAGGAAGGAAAAACGGAGCAAACACUCGCAGCAGUAAGUGAAAGGCCUCUCUCUCCUCAUCCAAUCAGGAUCACCAAGACCGCCGCUCGCAAAAACCCAGACGUGAACAUCGUGCUGGAAAGGCCCCAGACUGGCAAUUCCUUGGAUGAAAGCAUGGGGCCCGACAAGGGGUCUGACAAGAGAGGGGUUCCCCUGCUGCCCCUUCCAGAGGAGUAUCCGCGGAAGGAAGGCCAGGCCGCCCUGCGGGUGCCUCCGGGCCUGCGGCAUAGCAUCAGCGACUACUGCAGCCGCUUCGAACAGUACCUCCGCCUGGUUGGGCAUGAGGCCGUGGGCACCUUCAACCCCUGGCUGCUGGCUGAGAGCUUCUCCGAGGAGCUGGUGGACGAGGCGCUUGGGGCCGUGGCCGCGGAGCUGGAAGAUGCCUGCGAGGACUAUGCGGAGGCUGUGUUCACCUCGGAGUUCCUGGAGCCCGCGACCUGAAGGUGCCCCCUCGGGGCUGGGGUCUUGCCCGUGGCUGUGCCUCUGCAUCUCCUUGUCGUGGUGACGGCUCUGGUGGUUGAUGAUGGAGGCAAGGUGCUUCCUGGGGCCCAGGAAUCGUGAACGAUGACAAUAUAAUAUUUUCUCAAUGUGUGAUUUUCCUACUGAAGUAACUGUGUUCGUCCCGCUGCUGAGUUUGGGGACAUGAGCGUUUGGACAGGUGCCGGCAGGUGUCCUUCCCUGGGGCCACCAAUCCCUGGAGGCAGCCAAUCCCUGGGGCUGCCAAAGACUCCUGUGGUUUGGGCCCGCAGCUCACGUGCAGACGGAGCCUGGUGCCCCCUGCUUGGUCACGGCCCUCAGCCUGCUUCUGCCCCACAGAUGAACUAUGACGUCCAGACUAUGGGGUCGUAGCUCUGUCAGGGUCCUCAAGAGGGUCCUCGAGAGGGUCCUAGGCUCCGUCCCUGCAUCCCGGGCUGGUGCUGCCUAUGUGUGUGACCCAUGGAGGAGCCGGGGCAGGAGGAAAGGCCCGGCAGAUGCGGGGAAGCCCUGGUCCUGGAGAGGAAGACACGUGGGGCCACGGUAGCUGGGUCCUCACGCCCCCGCCCAGUGGUGCUUUUCCAGGAAAGCCUCUGAUUUUCCAGAAAAAGAAAAGGAAUGUGCAUAGAAAUAAGGCCACUUCCUGGAAGUUUCCUUCCAUCGGCAGCCUGAGGUGUGUAUGUGCCACGAAUGGCAGGUGGCAUGAGGCUCCCCCAGGGGCAGGGGGAAUCCUUGUGGUGCCUGCGGUGUGGAUGCAUGUUUGGGUGACCACGUGAGCUGCUGGGUCACACUGACUCCUGCAGAACCGGGCUGCAUGUGAUGCAGGGGAUCAGCAAGGCUCUGGGGUCAGAGGUCUUCACCAGGAGGGGACGUGGGCACAGGGGUCGGCGGGCAGUGGCUCCAGGAGCUCCAAGUGGCUUGUGGGGCAGUUUGUAGUGUGCGGAUUCUUUAAAUAAACUCAGGAUUUUACAUC